AUGGCCCAAUACGGUGGAAAAGGAGGGAGCUGGGGCCGUGGUCCGGGUGGACAGCAGAUGAACCCGUACGGCGGUCAGAUGGGAGGCAUGAAUGCAUAUGCAGCGUCUCAAGUGGCUGCGAUGAGUCUUGGAGGGGGAGGUAUGGGAUCACUAGGUAGCGGAGUGAUGCCGUCGGUAAAUAGUGCAGCAUUUUCAGCACCUUCAAUGGGAAAUGCUGUGGGCUAUGGUGGAUCGGCUGGCUCAAGAUCUCAGCCUGGUGGCGGCACUAAGAUCAGCAAUCGAGCAUAUGUGGGCUUGGUGACAAAAAUGGCAGAUAACUAUGGAUUUGUUGACGAUGAAGUAUUCUUUCAGACAAAUGUCGUCCGCGGUGCCAUGCCUGAGGUUGGUGAUCGAGUGAUGGUCGAAGCGAACUAUAAUCCAAAUAUGGCUUUUAAAUGGUCAGCGAUCAGAAUACAACUCUUAACAGGCCAUGAUCGUCCAGCGAUGCCGCCGGUUUUUUUGCUGCAAAGAUUUUUUAUAUUCGCUUUAUAUCAAGGUAGAGGAGGCGGUCGCGAUCAGCGCUGGCCAGACAGGCGAGAUCAAGGAAUGCCGCUCCGUCGAGAUGCUGCACCGAUGGCCAGACGGGACCGUUCCCCAAGGCGUUCUUCACCGCCAAGACAUACUCCACGACGAAGUCCGCCUAUUCGGCGACCAAGCCCAAGUUUAAGACCAGCUACGAACGUUGUCGGUGGUAUGAAAAGAGAACGAUCCGCUACACGCAAAGAAGUCAGUGUUAUGACGCUUCGUAAGCGGUACAACAAACUUUACAUUCCUUCCGACUUUUUCCAUGCUAAUUAUACGUGGAUGUCGUCAUUUCCGCUGGAAGCGCCUUUUUCGAUUGAUCACAGCGCAGCCUAUCAUGUCAUGCAUAAGGAUGUAGACUGUUUCUAUGAAAAUAAUGCAGUGCUUGAUCCACCUGAUGUCGACUAUCGAUAUUCUGCUAAGGUGAUGCUCCUUGACUUACCUCCGUAUGCAGAAAUGUUCAAAAGAACCCUUGGAUUAUUGGAAGACGGAACAUGCAGAACCGACUACGAUUUUGAGCCUAUUUGUCCGAACAGGCUUAUUGGAUUUUUAGUCGGCUUAAAAGGUAAAAGCGAAGUCUUGGCCAUCGGAGGACCAUGGAGCGCAUCUCUUGAUGGGCCAGAUCCCGAAAAUGAUCCUAGAGUGCUCAUAAAGACAGCUAUUAGAACAUGCAAGGCAAUGACCGGAGUUGAUUUGUCAAAAUGUACUCAGUGGUAA